UGGGAGGGGGGACCCCAUGCCGUUUUUUGUUUACAUUUUGGUGUGGAGUUACCCCUUAAGAUACAUACCAUACCCGAAGGGCUUGGUGUGGAUGGGAGGGGGGACCCCACGCAGGGCUUGGUGUGGAUGGCAGGGGGGACCCCACGCUGUUUUUUAUUUAUUAUGGUGCUGGUUUUUAAAUGUAUUUCUCCCUUUUUUUUCUUCACUAUAGCUCAGAAAUUCACCUGUCACUUCCCCCAGCUAAAAGAGAAAGUUUUCUUGGAAUUUAUAUCUCUAAAGGAAACAAUGUUUUUACUUUGAGUUUAUUAAAAGAUACAAAGUUUUCUGUAACUUCGGGGAAAGUGACUUCUAAGCUUGUAAACUAUAGUAAAGAAAAAAAAAAAGGCUGGCAUUUGCAUUUGA